CGCUACUGAUAAACUUACAACAAGCCACCGAGUCUAUUUUAUCAGUCAUGAUGAGGUUUUUACAACAAUAUCAUCGAAAUGGGAAUAUCGUUCAACUGUUACGUUCUGAGUUCUUCCGACACUUUUACAAUUGACAUUUACAAGGAAGAAGACAUAAGAUAUACCAUGCUUGGUGACAAUAAAUUUAAUCUUACCGUUUUCAAGAUUGGAAAUAUCUUGAAUUUUAUCUGUAGUAGGAAUAAGGUUGAUGUUUCUGUCAUGCGCGGAGUGAAACUCUGGAAAGUUAAUGUCAAGAAAAGCGAGAUCAAAAAAAAUGUUCAUACCGAAGAAGACAUUAUCAAUAUUAAUGGGCGAGAAAUGGAACCUGAAGAACUGUUUGAAGAAUAUUUUCAAGAUGAAUUAAAUAAUAAUAAUCAAAAUUUUAAAGUGUCUAACAUUCACGUCAUCGCCAUUAUUCCCCCCACUGGUAACACUGGUGAUUUACGAAAGACUUUUCCUCAUGUCGAUGAUGUCGAUUUACCUUUUUUUCGUAAACUGGCUCAGAGUCUCGCCGUAAUUUGGGAUCGUUCACAUGACUUUUCAUUCGAAACUCCGAACAACCCAUACGUCAAGCUGAAACAGAGCCCUUCAAUUUUCAAAACACCCCUACCCUAUGGUGUUACUAAAAGGACGUGUGAUAGAAUCGAUCUUUGCCUCCCUCCUUUUGAAGUGAAUACUGAAAUGACCUAUAAGAAUCCCCUAUACCACGAACCGCAAUUUCUAGAGACCGUUAGAUUGGUGCGAAAUAAAAUUAAAAAGUAUGAACAAGAUAUUAUUGUGCUUGCCGGAGUCACAGGAGGGGGGAAAACGUCAACUACAUUUGCCAUUGCUGCAGAACUUUGGGCAGUACAUAUAGACUGUUCCAAUUUUCUUUCAGAAUAUAAUAAUCAAUUAUCUGAUCUACUCGGUGCAGUUAGAGCGAAAACUCCACCUUUCAAUGAUACCACACUCCAGGAGUGGGCACUUCGCCAGCUCGACAUAGAUUUCGUCUCACGUAUGUUAAUACUAGUCAAAAUGUAUGUAGAGCAAAAAAUCAAAACACCAAAGGAUUGGCUAUUGGCACAACUUUAUAGUUUAGAUAAGAAAAGUAUAAACCUUAUUUGCGAAAACCUGUCAGAACUGAGCACAAGAGAAUUGUCGAUACUUAUACAUUUCAUCAAUCAAUGUCUUAAAAUUGAACGGAUCCUCUUUAUCCAAGAUGAGGCGCAAUGUCUUUGCCGACCUGAAUACGGAGAAUACACUGGAAGUAAUGAAACAAACAAACCAUGGAAUUUUUUGCAGGCCUAUACUAAUCACAUGAUCGCUUUCAAAUUUGAAGUUACACACAUUAUUUCUGGCACUAAUAUGCAUAUGUCAAGCGGAAUAUCCCUAGAUACUAGUGUUGGAAAAGAACCAUCUCGAGCAGUGCAUCUUGUGUUGAAACUCCCUUAUCUCUCACCUGAUGAUGUUACCAAAGUUCUCGACACUGUAAUCAAUAUGGAAGGGGUUAGUCCUGAAACUCUUCUUUAUUUAGGAAAUAUUCUCAAAGGACGACCCCGAAACUGUGCGUCGUUUUUAAAAAUGCUAGCCUACCGAUCAGAAUUGCUAAAAGAUAAAGAUGAUGAAAUGGUUAAAACUAGUAAGAAAUGGAUCGAGAAAAUAACUAUGUCAAUGAUAAGCUAUUUGCGCAAUACCGACAGUACUUUGGCAAUCGGAGGGGUCGACCCAAGGAAGGCGAUUGUUGAUCUUGUUUGUUGCGGAAUUAUUAAUUCAACAUCGGCUGGUGCUGAAUUACUUCGACAUGGGAUUCUUCCUAUUCAGUCGCCAACUUUCAUUACCCUUAAUUCUGAAGAAAUUGACUUCACUUCGAUCAAAAUCAAUCUAGAAUUAGAGUCUUACUUUAUUACGGCCAUUGGAAAAUAUUUUAUGUUAGAUAACAAUGCAACUCUGACAGAUAUUUAUGUUAGUCACAUCUUAGAACGUCUUGGAAGCCCUCAGUCAUUUGGUAAUGAGCUUGAUGGUGCUUUUGCAUCAGCAAUUAUUGAAAAAUGCGGUCGUAACGUGCUUGAAGAACUUAAAAAGUGGACCGAUGAUCUUGAUCCACAUUUCAAGUUUCCAGAAUGGAUCACGCCUGGAAUGCAGUUUGUAACGGAAACAAAUCUAUCAAAAGCUGUUCCACUGGAUGUUUAUGUUAAAGACAUAUACCAAACAACCAAGUACCAUACUCAUGCUAUCCAACCGCCGCAAAAUGCAGGUUCUGAUCUUGUACUCUGUCUUGUAGAUAAAUCAAAUGAAUCAAAUAACGUGGUAUUGUUAUCGUUGAGUUCCGCUAUCUACGAUGAAAAUGUUACAUCAAGCAAGUACAUGGAAGAAAAAAAAGAAGAAAAAAAAGAAAAGAAAAACAAGAAGAGGUCCAAUAAUGAAAAAAAAUCUAGACCCCAGAAUAAGAAAAUGAAGCUAAAUGAUCAAAACGAUGGAGAGGAGGGAUGUAAACCUCAGAAAAGGGUUAUCGUUGUUGAUGAUAAUGAUGAUGAUGAUGAUUCAGAUCAGAAUGAUUUGAAUUACGAUUUAGAUUAUGAUAAAACUCUCAAGGGUUAUAAAGAAUCCAAAACCGCUAAUGUGACUUAUAACAGAAAAUGCAUUCACAUUUUAGUUGAGUUACCACACAGAGCUUUAUCAAAAAGGCCAAAUAUCUUUCGAUAUGACAAAAAAGGUAAUCUCAUAGUCAUUGUUGAUAACCGUAACGUAAAACAAGCGAGAAGUACAAAAUCUGAUUGAUACUGGUACGAUUGAUACAUAAUUUUUUGUGCGAGUCAAAUAAAGUUUCCACAUAAAGUUCUAUUUUACAGCUAGUAUGUGCAUAAAAAAUAAAAAUAUUACAUAUACCGAUUCUUGGUAGUUUUCAGUGAUGAUGCUGUAUGUAUGUAAAAAGAAAAAAUAUGAAAGUAGGGAAAUCAUCGUAAUGGGGGACCAAUUUAGAUUGGAAACAACAAAAUCAAAUAAUUUUUCUUAAUAUAUUAUGCUACAAUGAAAGAAAUUAUAUACAAGUAAUAUAAGUAAUACGCACUUUAAUUUUUUUAUUUGUCAAAUAAAAUAAAUACACGUGAUACAUGAUUAUUUUAUGCUA